CGCGGCCGAGGACGCGGAGGUCCGCGCCGCGCACCUGGACGAGGUGCCGGCCCUGCGCGCCGAGCUGGCGGUGGCCAAGGCGCACCUCGCGCGGGCCGAGGCGCAGCUGGAGUGCGUGCGGCACCAGCUGCGCAACCAGCCGCUGCACUUCACGGUGGGGCAGUACAACAUGCUGGCAGGCCGUGCGGAUCUGGGAAACAACACGGAGCCCUGGUUCCUGUACGGGGUCGACGUCUGCGCGGAGCGGCGCCGAAAGAUCAAGAAGCUGCAUCUCGAGAGGGACGACUCCGGAAAGAUAGUGAACAGAGGUUGGCCCAACUAUGUUCGAGGCGUGCUCACGCCAGAAGAGAUCAGGACCGUGGAGCGAGUGCACCGGCAGAUGUUUGUGUGGGAGAAGCGCAAGGAUCGAAUCGUGGACGUUAUUCGAGAUUUAGACGUGGAUUUGAUGUCCAUCUCGACUGCGACCACUACUACGACUUCUUCAAGCCUGUCCUGGACACGAUGGGCUACGACAGCAUCUGGGCGCAGCGGCCGCGGGAGCAGAGCCAGGACGGCUGCUGCAUCGCGUGGCGGCGGAGCAGCUUCGAGUGCCUUGCGAGCGAGGUCGUGGUGUACCAGGACCCACGGGAGAAGAAGCGGGAAAGCCUUUGGCAGGGCCAUGGUCAGGGACCGGCUCGCCCUGCUGACCCUGAUGCGCAGCAGGGUGACGGGCGACACCGUCAUCUUCGCGAGCACGCAUCUGGCCCGCAACCCGGAGGAGAAGGACCGGCGAGGAGGGGAAAGUGGGGGCACAGGCACCACCGCUCGUCGAUGCGUCCAGGAAGGUACCGGGAGCACAUGGGAGACGGAGGGGAAGACGAACAUCUAUUCUGGAUCGCUUAAUAAUCCCCCCCCCCCCCCCCCGUUGGAGUGCCAGGGGGGGU